AGAGAGAGAGAGAAAGAGAGAGAGAGAGAGAGACGGAGAGACAGAGAAAAUACUAAAAUCCACGAUCAUCAGCCACUAUUGUGAACACUGGUCUUCUUCACGCACAGAUUGGAACAUCCUCGCCUGCUUUCUACCAUGUCUGUUUUCAGUCAGAAGUCUAAGCCUGUCAGAUGGAGUAAGGAGAUGAGUGCCAGUCAGAACAUAGCUGACAGCAGCAGGAAGAAGACCAGUCUGCUGAAAGACAACAGCUGGAUCAGACGCAGCGUGGAGGAGGAGGAGGAGCUAGUGGACCUGCAGUCUGAGGUGGGCCAGCCCAAUCCUGCCAGCCCUAGCACCCCAGUCAACCAUCUGACCAAGAGCCCUCCACUUCCUCCAAAGACCAAGACUGUGUCCUUCAUUUUAAGCACCACCUCAAAGAGCAUGAAAGACUCCAAGACAGCCAUGAGUCCUGGGAGCACCUCCCCAAAGUCUCUAAACUCCCCCACAAGCUCAACGCUGAAGAGCCCAUCCAUGUCCCUCUUUACUGCAAGGGUCUUUUCCUCCCCCAAAAAACUAUUCUACUCCCCACUGAGCCCUCCAGAAGUACUCCCCCACGCCAUUACCCAUAUCACUGAUGAAGAGCCCCCGGCAGUCCCAACAACUCCACCACCACCACCUCCAACAACUCCACCACCACCAACAACUCCACCACCACCUCCAACAACUCCACCACCACCACCACCUCCAACAACUCUACCACCCCCACCAACAACUCCAACAACAACUCUACCACCACCACCACCUUCAACAACUCCACCACCACCACCACCACCAACAACUCUACCACCACCACCUCCAACAACUCCACCACCACCACCACCACCAACAGCUCUACCACCACCACCUCCAACAACUCUACCACCACCACCUCCAACAACUCUACCACCACCACCACCUCCAACAACACCACCACCACCACCACCACCUCCAAUGACCGAGUCACCAAUGCCCCAAGCUUCAAUCAGUGAGAUCAGUUUAGAGACCAGACUCCCUGACCCUCCCUCCCUGACUCCAACCCAAACUCUCCUCUCCAUACCCAACAGGUCAGUCCUGACUCCAACCCAGACUCUCCUCUCCAUACCCAACAGGUCAGUCCUGACUCCAACCCAGACUCUCCUCUCCAUACCCAACAGGUCAGUCCUGACUCCAACCCAGACUCUCCUCUCCAUACCCAACAGGUCAGUCCUGACUCCAACCCAGACUCUCCUCUCCAUACCCAACAGGUCAGUCCUGACUCCAACCCAGACUCUACUCUCCAUACCCAACAGGUCAGUCCUGACUCCAACCCAGACUCUCCUCUCCAUACCCAAUAGGUCAGUCCUGACUCCAACCCAGACUCUCCUCUCCAUACCCAACAGGAGUGUGACCAAGGGGCUGUGUUCGUACUGCUGUAAACCAAUGGUGGCUGGAGCCAACAUGAUCCUGGAGGAUCUACAGAUCUACAGCCACUCAUCCUGCUUCAAGUGUGAGGUGUGCCAUUGUCCUCUAGGAGACCUCCAUGUAGGAGACAGUAUUUGGCUCCACAGAGGGACAGUGCACUGUGAAGGCUGCUUCAGCACAACCAGAGAGAAGUAUCUCCUCUAGGGAAGGAUGACAGAAUGCUCACGUCGCCACGGUAACACAGACAGAACAAGGAGAUGCUGCUUCAGAAGUCGUAAAAGGACACAUUGCUUUAACAUGGGUGGAUCUGGCGGUGGACUCAACAGUAAAUUACAUUUUAUAAUGUAGUGGUCUUUAAAUCUUUAAAUCUUCACAACCUCUCUUGCAAAUUAUUGUCACAUAUAGAAUCAGAUCCAAUGACCAGGAUGGAUUCUUUACGUACUUCUGUAUUUAUCUACUUUCAUGUAAUAUGACGAUUUGUCAUAUUACAAUAUAACCACCAACUGAUGUCUGCAUGUAGUCAUGUUUAUUAAAAUGGACAUCGUAAUAAUAUAUUCUUAAUAACCAACUGAUGUCAGCAUGUAGUCAUGUUUAU